AGGGGCUUCACCAGUGUCGAACUAGCCAACAUUGAGAGAGGGAGAGAGAGAGAGACCAGUGUCGACUAUCGAACAAUGGAGUUGGAGAAUCUGUUUUAUUAGGUGUUUGAAGCUAGAAUUGAAAGAGAGAGUGAGAGAUUCACCAAUGUUUUUUAGAAUGUAGUAAUUGUUUAUAUUCUUGCGACAUUUUCGAAGAGCGUGAAGACAAUCCAUGGAUCAUGCAGUUUCUUAAAACACUAAUAUAUCUUGUAAUAUUAUUAUGUACAUUCCUUUUUAGUGUUUAUUGUGAGGAAGUAGACGUAAUCGAUGAUGUCACGCAAUCAACUGAUGAUCUUGAAAAAAUAAACUUUUUCUUUUAUAAGUCCCAAGAAGAAUUAAAUAGUCCUUUGGAACAAAAAACUAUGAAUAAUCAUCUCAAAAUAGCACAGCGAUGCAACUGCAAAGAAUUGGAUGGACGUAAUACCCAGGAAGCAGUAUUUUACAAACGUAUGAUUGCUGUAUUAUUGUCAAAUUUAGUUGUACAGGAGGUUAAUGACAAUCUAAUAGGCACACUCAGCAUGGAAGCAUCUUCUUCACAAUUCAAGUAUCUACAAGAUUUUGUAAAAGGACAGGGUUCUAUAAAGGAAGUUGACAGAAUACUCGAUAGUGUGAUAAAACAAUCAAAUUAUCCAGGGAGUUACUAUGUAACUCAAACAUCUUAUUAUUUCAGCAUAUUGUCAGAAUCAUUAAUUCAAUAUGCAUUGAUUAUAAAAGAACAUUGGGAUAUAACUAUAAUCUUAUUUAUAGUUGUAUGCAGCUUUAUUGUACUGAAAAGACAACGAUGGUCUCGGGGUUUGGUUAUCUUUUUGCUGUUUGAUGUUAUAUUUGUGACAAGUUUCUUCAUAACUUGGUGGCGACUUAUACAAGAGGCAGAAAUCAAAUUAAUGGCAGCACAAGCGCAAUUUGCCGAAAUGCCGAUAGCUUGUCAGCCACACAAGAUGGGUAUAUGGGAUAAGAUAGUUGUGUGGUUUUCGCGUACAAACGAUUGUGAAAAAUACUACGAAACACUUAUGGCCAAUCCAAGGCUACAAGUAACACCUGCGUUUGCAUUAACACAUUUCCUCAGUGCAGUUAUUUUUCAUCCUUUGUCAUAUCUCGGGCUUAUUAUGUCUGAAUUUAUAGAUAACGCUACCAGUAAGAUGAAUGGCAUAUAUGCAUUCCCUGUUACAAUCAUUCUUUCCAUAAGUUUCUGCGUAUGCAUAAUAUUAUUACCACUCUUCUUAAUUGGCGGAUCUUUCAAUCUCGGUAUCGGACCGUUCUUCAGGUUUGGAAUAAAGGGCAGAGGAAACCAAGUAAAUCAAGAACGCAUUGAUCGAAUUUACGAGGAUACUGUGCUGAGGAAACAAUUGAAAGGUUCAGAAAGAAUGAAGCAGAUCACGUUGGAGCAAGAUCCUGCUAGCGGUGAUGCCGGUGUUGACAAGCAUUAUCCUGAUGAAAAACCAGAAGUUAUGGAAAGUGAUGAAAAAAAAGAAGGGGACAGCCAUUGCUAACGAUUACUUUUUUUUCUAUAUUAUUAUCUUUUCUAUGUUCAUUCUAUUUUUAUUUCGUUAUUACGUACUUAGUAUAUUGCUAAAUUAAUAAUUAUGGUACUAUUAUCGCCUUGUUUUUAAAAUUGGUGAUAAUAAGCAUUUUCCUAUUUUAUUUUCGAGGUUAUAACAAUAUUAUUUGGAUACUUAUUUUUAACAUAAAAAAGGAAUCAGCGUAAUUAGGAUUCACAUUGUAAUCGAUUAAUUUAUUACUCAGUAUCAAAUUUUUCAACAUCUUUUGAAAAAAAGAAAAUGAUGUAUAUCAUUGUUUCAAAGUGUACUUAGUAUUUUGGCGAUGAUGUGUUCGAUUUUUAGAAAUCUCACUGUCCAUAUUGUAAAUUAUGAAUGUUAGACCUUGGAUUACUAACGUCGCGUACUUCAACGGUUUUAUUUUUAUAUUAAUCUUGCUGGUCGCUAUGAUAAAUGUUAGAUCUAAUUAAUAUGAUUGCGUAAGAUAAUAAUAAUGAUAAUGAUAUUGAUAAUAAUAAUAAUGUUCGCGCUGAAGUACGUUGUGUAAGCGCGAUCGUUAUUUUAAUCUAUAUAGUACGAUCCGAAUACCUCAUUAAACACAGCAUUGACUAAUUAA